UCUACACGUCACAUUGACGACUAGACACCAGAAAAGUCAAUAAUAUUUUUCUGUUUUCUUUCUUGUUGUCCCGUUCGUGAUAACAAACUUUUUCUUUCUCGUCUCUCCUUUGUUGUAAUUUGUCUUGAAUUCCCCCCCGAACCCGCUGUGAUCGGCGCAUUAACCCACUGAAGCUUAAAAGAGCUACGGAAGCUGCCGACACAGGAAGGAAGGAAACUUUUGGGAGAUUCAUGGUUGGGAAGAAACUUUGCUACUACAUUUGAAAAUCUGGGAAAAGGAAGAGAGAAAAAGGUACCCAAACUAGCCUUUAUCAUCUCAAAACAGCACCUUCUGGGAGCGCGUCUAAGGGCCACUCCUCUCCCACCAUGGCCUCGUCGCCCUCGACGCCGCAAGGGUCGUUGCGCCAGCGCAACGUCCCCGGCGGCGCAAGCAAGAAGAAUGACGAAAAGGGCUCCCAGCCUAUGGACCUCAAGGAUAUAAAGAAGGCUGCAAAGGGUCAACCCGUUGGCCCUGAGCGCGACCACCAGGCUGCCUUCACCGUCAUGACCGUCUUGGCUUUCAUCACCCGUUUCUGGGGCAUCAGCCAUCCCAACCAGGUGGUUUUCGACGAGGUUCACUUCGGAAAGUUUGCCUCGUACUACCUACAAAGGACCUAUUUCUUUGACGUCCACCCUCCGUUCGGAAAGCUCCUCUUCGCAUUUAUGGGAUGGUUGGUGGGCUACGACGGUCAUUUCCACUUCGACAACAUUGGCGACUCGUACAUCGUCAACAAGGUCCCCUACGUCGCCUUCCGCUCGCUCCCGGCCCUGCUGGGUGCCUUGACCGUAUCCGUCGUCUACCUGAUCAUGUGGGAGUCUGGUUACAGUGUGCCGGCAUGCAUUCUAGCCGCUGGUUUGGUUCUGUUUGACAAUGCCCACAUUGGUCAGACCCGUUUGAUCCUUCUCGACGCGACCCUCGUCUUUGCCUUUGCUUGCAGCUUGCUCUGCUACAUCAAGUUCUACAAGAUGCGUCACGACCCGUUUUCCAGAAAGUGGUGGAAGUGGCUCAUCCUGACCGGCUUUGCGCUUUCCUGCGACAUCUCCACCAAGUACGUUGGUACUUUCGCCUUCAUCAGCAUUGGCUCGGCCGUCGUCAUCGACCUGUGGGACCUUUUGGACGUCAAGCGCAAGGACGGUGCGCUUGACCUGCCUUCAUGGGUCAAGCACUUUUGUGCCCGCGCAUUUGGUCUCAUCAUAAUGCCUUUUAUCUUUUACCUCUUCUGGUUCCAGGUUCACUUUGCCGUGCUCACAAGGUCUGGUCCUGGAGACGACUUCAUGACGCCCGAGUUCCAGGAGACUCUGAGUGACAAUGUUAUGCUGGCCAAUGCCAUCACCAUCAACUACUACGACACCAUCACCCUGAGGCACAAGGAGACCAAGACGUAUCUUCACAGCCACCCGGACAGGUACCCUCUCCGAUAUGACGAUGGCCGUGUUUCUAGCCAGGGUCAGCAGGUGACUGGCUACCCUUUCAACGACACCAACAACUACUGGCAGAUCCUGCCCAUGAACGACGACAAGCAGGAGGGUCGUGUUGUGAGGCACCAGGAACUCGUCCGUCUCCGCCAUCUCGGAACCGACACCAUUCUUCUGUCCCACGAUGUCGCCUCUCCCUAUUUCCCUACCAACCAGGAGUUCACCACAUGCUCAAUCGCGGAUGCAUAUGGUGACAGGGCCAAGGACACCUUGUUCGAGGUCAGGUUCGAGAAUGGAAAGCCCGGCCAGGAGUUCAAGAGCGUCGCCUCGCACUUCAAGCUCAUCCACAACCCCAGCAAAGUAGCCAUGUGGACACAUACUACUCCGCUGCCAGAGUGGGGUCACAAGCAGCAGGAGAUCAACGGAAACAAGCAGGUCACUGUUAGCUCCAACGUGUGGUUCGUAGAGGAUAUCCCCUCGCUUGAGCCCGAACACCCCCGCCGCGCCAAGGUCGAGAGGAAGAUUAGGCAUAUGCCCUUCCUUCAGAAGUGGUUCGAACUCCAGCGCUCCAUGUUCUGGCACAACAGUCGCCUCACCAGCAGUCACCCUUACGCCUCUCUGCCCUACCAGUGGCCAUUCUUGCUUCGCGGUGUCAGCUUCUGGACGCAGAGCGAUACCCGCCAGCAGAUUUACUUUUUGGGCAACCCGAUAGGAUGGUGGUUGGCCAGCAGUUUGCUUGCUGUUUACAUUGGCAUCAUUGCCGCGGAUCAGUUCUCGCUGCGCCGUGGUGUGGAUGCGCUUGACCAUCGCUCGCGCUCUCGUCUGUACAACUCAACUGGAUUCUUCUUCUUGUCGUGGUUGACACACUACGUGCCAUUCUACGUCAUGGGUCGUCAACUUUUCCUUCACCACUACCUCCCCUCGCACCUUGCUUCUUGCCUGGUAACGGGUGCCCUGAUCGAGUUCAUCUGCAACUCUGACGGCGAUGACGUCCCCCCUGCCAGCGGUAAGAAGGCUGUUGCCGUCAAGUCCAAGCGCCACAUCACGGCGGGCGAGAGGUUUGCGGGCAAGAGCUUGAUGGCCACAUGGGCCGUCUCCAUGGGUAUUCUCGCCAUCGUCAUCGCCGGCUGGUACUUCUUCCUGCCGCUCACCUAUGGGUACCCUGGUCUGUCUGUCGACCAGGUUCUCAGGCGCAAGUGGCUCGGCUACGACUUGCACUUUGCUAAAUAGACCGACAAUAGCGAUGGGGCGGGGUAUUAUGGGAUCGAAGGUCUCUCUUUUUAAUUCAAUCUCUUUUUCUUUACUUUGGGAGAUCUUGACGACAAUGGUUGUCGGUGUUUGUACGAUGGAGUAGAGAUUUGACUGAGGAAGACACUCUUGCUUUUAUAGAAGGGGCUCAGUGUGCUGAAAAAAAGAAAUAUCAAAAAAAGAGGGAUGGAUUUGAAAACUACAGAUUCAGGCCAGUCUCUGUGGGCGACGAUCUUAGUCCAAGAUCGUUCUACAAAGCUGCCACUUACAGCAAGCAUACUUGAAUGAAAAUUUCCUUGGUUUAUUGCCC